GAUAAUUUAUCAGCUAUAAGCGAAUCAGUUGAAGAAGAUAAUGGUGUAUUCGAUGAUUUAAUUAAUACAACUAAAAAGGUACUUGCACUUUUAGAAGAGCAAAAAUUAGCUGGUAACGUAAAAUGGUGCAAAGCAAUAAAAAAAUCCUUCGAUCCUGUCACUAAAUUAGUUGAAGACGUUGAAAAAUAUAAAAGAAAAAGGACUAUGCCAUUAACAUGGAAGGGUCAUACAGAUA